AUGAAUUCAACACAGCGAUUCAAUGCUGAGGAGCAAACUGGAGACAAGUGGAUCUGCCAGGUCAUGGCAGCGGAAGGAGUCAUUGGUGUCUUAGGAAACAUCUUAGUGUGCUUCGUCAUUCUUCGUGUCAAAUUCCUACACAACAUGACAAACUACCUGCUGGUGAAUUUGGCUGUGGCUGAUAUGCUCCUUUGUUUUCAAUCGUUCUUCUUUUAUUCAACAUCUUCUCCAUGCUGUACACUUAUUGCUUAUCUUCCAGAAAGUUUUGCUGUACGAAUCCUGUUCUGCAGACUUAUAGUCUCAGAGUAUUUAGCGUGGGCUUUGUUCUACGCAUCAGCUUACAAUGUCUGUGUGGUUACAUUUGAAAGGUUUGCCGCCAUAGUGCAUCCGCUACAGUUCGCAAGGCAACUCACCGCAACACGGAUGAAAACUAUGAUUGCACUAAUCUGGGUGAUGUCAUUUCUAUUUUCGUUGCCGUUUUUAUUUAUAAACAAAGCCAGCAACGAUCCAGACAAAGCUUGCACAAGAAUCAAAUACCCUGACCAGGCUUUUCCGAUUGUGCUUACGGUUACUUUAUUCCUGUUUGGCUACUUACUGCCCAUAACACUGAUGAGUUUGGCCUACUACAAGAUGCAAGUCACUCUGAAGAGGCAAGCCAAUGCUCUGAAACUGCAACAUGCAAGGGCAGCAGCCUAUGAUCUUGUGAUUGCUAGACAGCGUCUAGUCACCAUGCUCAUGAUCGUCUUAGGAGCUCUUAUCAUCCUAUGGACACCAGGCUACACAGCUCUACUUCUUUGCUUGCAUCCAACAGAUAAUAGUUCUCUGCCUUUCUGUCAUUCCAAGACUUUUGAAUACAUCCACGGAAUCUUUGAUUUUGCCUUCUAUUUCAACUCUGUCAUUAAUCCCUUCAUCUACGAGUUUAAGUACAAGAAAUUCAGGAAGGGUCUUAAGGUAGUUUUUUGCAGCUGUUUCAAAAGGCAUGGUAACAACAGAGUUGACAUUGGAAUUGUACCACUGUGA